UUACAGGUCACCUAAAAGGAAAAAGAGGAGCCCAACCCCUCGCCCCACAAAGGUACAUGUAGGGAAGUUGACACGGAACGUGACCAAAGACCAUGUUCAGGAGAUAUUCUCUGUGUAUGGGUCAAUCAAGCAUUUGGAGAUGCCCCCUGACCGGGCACAUCCAAACUUCGCUAAGGGAUUUGCAUAUGUUGAUUUUGCAACACCAGAAGAGGCAGAAAAAGCUGUAAAACAUAUGGAUGGAGGUCAGAUAGAUGGACAGGAAGUUACCGCUCAGACUGUGCUGCCACCUAGGCCAGCUCCCAGACCAGCACGGCGCAGUCCACCACCUGGCAGGAGAGGUGGUCCUCCAGGGAGGUGGCGACCUUCACCUCCGAGGUACAGAGACAGAAGGACAUGA